UCAAUCAGGUCUGCAUGGUCGACUUGCGACUUUGCGGCCAGGACGCCGACGUAUAAAAGUAUUGAUUCUAACUACUAUACCAUUGAUGAUUGCAAUUUUCUCCUCUUCUUCUAUUUGCAGCUGCUGUGAUCGGUUGUUGCAAAAAGAGACCACCUCACAGCACACGCCUGCGUAGAUCGUCGGUUGAAGACCUAUUUUUGAAAGCGAAUUAUGCUGGAAGCCAUUGCCAGUCAAACCAUGCAGAGAAAUAAAAUAAAGCAAUUGUAAUGCGUCGCAAGGUCAAGAAUACCAAUUCCAAUACAGAUCGUGGCCAGCAUCGCGACCUUGCUGUGCAACUUCGCGAAGCUGCUGACGGAGGAGGUUUAUGCAUUGCAAAAGUAUCGUACUAGGAGUAAUUGCAUCACAAAUUUUUCUCAGAAAAAAGAAUCCUAUCAAGCUUGUAAUGCUGAUUCAGCUAAGAAGGUAGAUUUGUCAUGCAAUGUUGCAAUUAGGAUUGCGAUGCUUUUGCGUUGAAUGAGAUGGACUGCUUCCAACUGUUUUUCAACGAGCAGGAGGUAAUCGCGAAACUUCCGGUUUUCACGCAGAGCAUAUCCUGAGGAAAAACGUCCCCACCACAUAGUCAAGAAGGGAAAUCUGCUAUACAAAUCAGCCAGCUUUGGUUGUUACGCAUGACAAGUUUGGCCUAGUAGUUGUCGCCCUGUUUAGCUUGUUCAGCAGCAUCACAGACAUAGGCUAUUAUGCUGAUUGGAGCAAUACAAAUCCCGAAACGCGACUAGAAAAUGCCUGCCAUGGGGCUUUGCAUGAGAAACAUUGUGAGCAUGCAAAUUUGGUGGGGACGUUUUUCCAUGGGAUAGAGCAUCGCCUUGAUCCACUGUCCGACAGCGCAGAUCAAUACCAAGGCAAAGCACGCGUGCUUGUACGUGCUAAAUUUGCUCCAAGAGCUGGACGUCAAAACGUCGGAGGAACUGCUUAUGGGAAGUACAACCGCAGCCUCAGUCACUGUCACCAGCAAACCCCUGCUAAGCCCGACUAUGUCGUCCUGGUUUCGCGCCCACUGCUGUGCACUGUUCAUCGACACGUGUGUUCUGCUAUGCAUUGCAAAAGCAUCGUACUCGUAUAAAUGCAUUACAAAUUUCCUCAGCAUGAGAAAUAAAAUUUGUCAUGUGGAUUUACAAGAAAAAAAUUUGUAAUGCAAGACUUGCAUUUAUAGGAGUGCGAUGCUUUUGCACAGGAUAUCUUCUCCGCGAGCAGCUGUUUGCGUGCUGGCAAAGUUGUUCUAAUGCCUCUAGUAUCAAAUGCAAAUAUGUCUGGGUCUGGAAGGUCACAACUUGUGAUGCUGUCUGUGGAUUCUAAAAAAAUUUGUAUUGCAUGACCAGCAAGAGGGGUACAAUUUGUGCUACACGGAUAGGGCAUUUCUCAUGCGGUAGAGGUAUCACAAAGGCCUCUAAAAGUCUGCGAUGCUAUGUCAUGCAUCACAGGCAUCAUGGGUCAUGAGAAAUAUGCAUGACAAAUCUUGCAUUCCUCCAGACCCAGAUAUUUUUGCUUCUGAUUUCUACUUGGAUCAGCG